UGUUUUUACAUUUAUUGAGAGUCCGCCAGCUAUUCACCACUCUUCACAGAAGUAAACAUGAACGCCGUUUAUUUCUAUCUUUAGCACACCUUUUAUAGGGUUCUACAGGGUCCGCGGGCUAAGCAAGUUACCAUUGGCUAACACACACAGGUUUACAUUCUUUCUCUUAUACACAAAGAUAUUGUUUUGCUUUACUCUCUCUUCUGCAGGAAGGUUUCAAGGACUUUAGCCUUUAAUAUCACGACUUAUUUCAAAGACUGGUUUGUGUAGACAGGCCUUUACUAAUAUAUAAAAUAUAUCAACAUUUCUUGAUGUUUUUCUGAAGUUUCUGGCAACUCUUGAGAACCAAAAUGCCUCAUUUACUUAACGUUUUACACUUAUUUAAAUCUAUUUUUCCCAUAGAAUAUGAAAAAUGCUGAGUGAUUUUGUUGUUUUCCCCUGUGUUAUCUGUAUUGCUUUAGUGUUUUUCCCCCCCCCUCUGCUCUUUCUUUUAUCUAUUCUACUUCUUGCUUUCUUUAUUCCUUACGACAUUCCAACACUUAAAACAGUGAGUAAAAUAAUGUAAAUCUGGGCUAUUUGUGCAAAGUUUGACAUUUACAAAGCUGGUAACUAGGCUUAGCUUUAAACGAAGUAGUAACUUUUUACUUUGUCCCACAACUUAUCUUUGUGAAACAAUAUGAAUAAAAACAAGGUAAAAACGAGGCGGGGGGAGGGAAGGGAUGCCUCUAUGUUUACGUAUCCAAAGAACCAUUAAUACCAGUCUCCUAAGGUUUCUUCUUUGGAGCCAUUUUGUUUGUCCCAUCUAGUUGCCGGAACGCCCCGGCAGCCACUGGGCGCCUUUCGGCCCCGCGGAGAAGAAGCGUCGGGUCCUCGGCGCUCCUCUCUAAAAGGCGGAGUGGCUGUGUCCCCUUAUGUGCCCUGCCGCGCUGCUGCACUGACCCGGGACAGCCUGUAGGUGAAGGCUGAGGACAAAGGCCAAAAGGCUGCUCCUGCCUUUAGCACCACCCCCCGCGCCGCAGGGUUCAGGACGGCAUUUUAGGGCAGAAAUUACUUUGCCUGGUUUUGCGGACUGAGGGCUGGCUUGCGCUUCUCUGAGGGUGUUGCACUGCUUGAUCUGAUCUGCGUGGGGUCCUCACGUUGAUUAAUCCUUUUCCCGGAGCACCAAUAGGACGCAGCCAGCAUUAUGAGGCUCCGCAGGUGCUCAGUAGAUCCCGCCCAGCACGGCCUUGUGCGCCUCCGUCAGGGAGUCGCGGCGGGGGAGACCGGCCUGGACCCCGACCCUGGCAAGGGGGAAUCGCCCUUCCUAGCCUUAGAACUAUUCACGGCUUGGCAGAAUCCCCGCGGCCCGGCGUGGUGUCCAGGGCCCGCCCAAGGACUCCGGGGGCAGACCGGGCCAGCGGAGAGGCAGUGUUUCACCGAGUGCAUGCUGAUAUGCUGUCAAAAAAAGCGUCUUAACGUUGGUCCGGGAGGAAGCUCUCCUGCUCGUAGGGGCCGUGUGAGUAGAGGAAGCGGUAAUGACAGCCUCGGCGUGGUGCCGCUUCCCAAGCCCGAGCAGCUCUGCGACUGCAAGCCCGCUCCCCAUAAAGUCAGUCGUGUUGCUUGUCUCCUGUCCUUCUCGGCAGCCAGAUCUGCCUCACAGACUCAGCACAUCCAAGUGAAAGCCAAGGGCAAAAGGAGCUGGAUGCUCUUUGCACAAAUGUUUGCACUGGAUGACACUGUCCUGUAUUUGCCACUCCAAGCUCUUACCAAAUGAACCAAAUGGUACUAUCCCCUGGAACUUAUGCACAUAAUUUUCAGCAGUGUAUUUUGCAGUCCUUCCCAUCAGAGAUGCUUGGGAACCUGUGUGUGAGAAAAAGAGCCUUUUCUUGGACCAGGAAUAAAUAAGCAAGCUCUGACUUCUGAUACAGUGUAUCUCAAGAGAAGUUCAAAAUGCAGAAUGUAUGACUUUCUUUAGUGACCAGGAACUUCCACAAGGAAGUGUUUGGAGUCCUUUCUCAAUAUAGCUUUGCAUUUUAUUAUCCAGGUGCUCCAUUUUUAUUAUAUAUUUUCACAUUUCUUUGAUAGCAUCUAUGUUUAAUAAUAUGUAAUAAUAGAGAUUAUAAGCAUACUAUGUCACUGUUGGACACGAAA